UGGGGCCCAGACAGGGGCACAGGCUGGGGGUGGCUGGCUCUAUGCCCCCCAGGUGCCAGGGUGGGUGGCACUGUGCCCCGGGCCCCUCUCCCCACCCACCCUGCCUAUAACCCGGGCCCCUCUCCCCACCCACCCUGCCUAUAACCCGAAGGCUGCUUGCUGGACGGACACAUGGCUCUGCAGUUCGAAGCCUUCUGCGCGGGCGGUCUGGCCCCAGGCUGGACCCUGCUGGUGCAGGGUCAAGCGGACUCGGCUGAGGACAGGUUUGAGAUCAACUUCCUGUCCGAGGCUGGAGACAUUGCAUUCCACGUGAAGCCACGAUUCUCCUCGGCUAUGGUGGUGGGUAAUGCCUUCCUGAGGGGGCACUGGGGGCAUGAGGAGACGGCUGAACUCUUCCCAAUGGUUCUGGGCCAGCCCUUCCAGAUGGAGGUCAGCUCGGACCCAGGGCACUUCCUGGUGCGGGCCCAGGAGCUGGCUCUGCUGCGAUUCACCCACCGCCUGGUACCACUGCCCUCGGUCACCCGCCUGCAGGUGCUGAGUGACCGGCCGCUGGGCCGCGUGGAACUGACCCGCAGGGGCCAGGCCUGGGGUGAGGGAGACUUCUGAGCUGUGUCUACCCCAAGAGGAAGCCCUGCCUUGCCCGGUGGCCCCCACCCCAGCUGUGCCCAAUAAAACCUGAGCACCCACAGUAAAGGCUGGAGCCUGACUGGGG